CACGGUGCGACAUGUUGAUGGUGAAACACCAACCGAAUCAGUCGGGUUCUUGCCAUAUUGGGACCUCGAACCGUUGCCGCGACCGCCGCCGACGCCGACACAUUCCUUUCCACAACAACAUGCCAGGUGUCAAGCGCGUUCAACUGGAUGGAUGGGGCUCCCAUGUGGCUGGCAAGGUCGUCUGCGUUGACUCGGAUCGAUCGGUCAACCCCUACGCCGCCGCCCCUCAAGCGCCGUACUAUCCUCACCACGUCCACAACACACACCACUCGACCUACAACCAAGUCGCAUUCAAGCAAGAAGCGUCGUUGUACACAUCGAAGCAGUACUUGUACGGUCAGUCUCCUACCGUGCCGUCGAUCGACCGCGUUCAAGCUGAAAUCGCCCGCGAAUGCACUGCCAUCUCAAAGAAGGCCCCGCAUCUCGAGAUGUCUCUCCACGAGUGCUCGGUUUGUUUGACGGGCAAUGCGCAUACCCAGAUCGUCCCAUGCGGGCACAUAUUUCACAGCCGUUGCUUUCUUCGAUGGUACCGGUCAAACCGGACGUGUCCGUUGUGCCGUAGCAGCGUCGACCGCGUCCAGCUCGUUACACAAGUUCUCGAGCCUGUGGAUGCUCUCAUGGCAUAUGACAGCGACGACGAUAUGGACGCGACCCCGACAUCCAGCGAUCCAUCGUCCCUAAUGGAGGACACGGAACUCUUGUCGUUCCUCGCUCACGACGAUGCGUCGAUUUCGCCGUCGUCGGCGUCAUCGAUUUCAGACGACACGGACUUGCUUCCGAUGGAAGACAUGGAAAUCCUCGAAGAUCUCGCUUCAUUUGACGACAAGCCUCAUAUGUCAUCCGUGUGUAUGAUGCAACCUCAUCAACACGCCACACAACAGCCCCCCAUCGCGUUCACACCUGCGACCACCAUGCCCAACUACUGGAUGGUGCUCAACCACUCCCAGACCCUUGUUCCUGCGGCGUCGCAUCCCGCCGCGCCAUCUGCCCGGGUAGUGCCGAUUGCGCCGCGCCCGAACGUGCCUGCAAAUUCGUCCGCCGUGGCUGCAACGAACGCUCAGCAGUACCCACAUGGAGGGAUCCAAACUCCAUCGCCGAUGGUUGUUCUUGCGCCACCAACGUCCAAGAUGCAUUCGUGUCGAUGUGCCGGUGGCUGCCGCAACGGCCGGUGUGCAUGUGUCAAGGAAGGCAGCAUGUGUGGAAUCACGUGUCGGUGCACGUCGUGCAAGAACCCGUUCUUAAGCAUCGCCAUGGCUGGGAUCGACGUGUCGUCCCUGAUUAAGGACGACUGCUUCAUGCACAACUUGUCCAAGAUCCGAGACAUGAUGACAAAGCUCCACGAACGGCUUCCGGCGCCGUGCUGCUCGUCAGCCAAGGAGCUCACGAUCCUCGACUGCAUUGACGGAUACACGUGCGCCGACUGCGGUAAGAUGUACGACUUUUCGUGGUGCAGCAACAAGCUGUGCGACCGAGAGAAGCACAGGCGGAACCAUUGCUCCAAGUGCAAACGUUGCGGUGACCACCGCGACGUUCACUGCGACAAUUGCAACCGAUGCUACUUUGCCGGUGUUUCGUCGAGCUUUGCCUGCGCGUGCCAAGAGAAGCUGAAAGCGGCAGCGGUCGACGCGGUCAAGAAAGCUCAGCCAGCGAACGCCGCCGCGGGGGGGCUCGGCCGGGCAGCCAGCGCAGAAGACGGCGAAGAAGGCGAGUGCUCGAUCAUGUGACCACAAAGCGCCGACGUAUAGGAAUAAAGUUAGAAAGCGCAAUGAACCAUGCAAGCAGUACUCUGCAGGCGCAGCGGACGGCAUCCCAAAAUAACGGGAACUUCAUGGGGCGAAGCGUGCGAAGGAGCGGUGGGUGAGCGACGAGGCGGAGGGUUACAGCAUGCUGCAGGACGACGAUGAAGCGUCGAGAGCUUAGCGGUACCGUUCGCAGCUCAUCGAGAGCGUGGCGGGGGCGCGCAGUAAGUGUCAAAUCCAAACGAAAUAAGUAUAUUAAGUAGCAUGUGGUUG